CACGACAACAGGCUAAAACAGAUCGCGGACUUCCGGCACACGACACCACAAACCUGCGCCCUUGAUUAACACAACAGCCUGCCCGGUAACAGGACAAGUCUCGGGCAUUGCGUCGGUGUUGAACAUGCUUCGAUAACAUUCCUCCACCAAGCCGCGCUUGCCAGCAUCCAGCUGCCCGUCAUGAAGCCCACGCUGGCCCCCGUCUUGCUGGCCAUCCAGUGCAGCGCCUUCGCCAAUGCUGUUGCCCAGCAUUUUCCGCAGGGCCAACAACAACACCAGCAUGCCAUUGCCACUGACCAGCCUGGCCACGAGGAGACAGCCCCGGACCCUGCCGUGGAAGAUAUCACCAUUACCAACCGCCUUCGCUGGACACCUCAGCAGAAUGGAUGGGAGGACGUGGACGCCGCCUACGCUGAGCUUCGAAAGAUCAAACCGGCACUCUCGCGACGAAGUAAGAGACAUUCCGGUAUGUUCUCGACGAUACUUCAGUACAUGCGCUCGGCACUUCCGACACUUCGCAUGAGCGGACCUCCCCAAGAACAUCUCGCAGCGCCGAUGAGUGGGCCUUUGGUGCAUGCUGUCAACCUUCUGCAAAGGUCCGCAAGUUUGAACAACACUGAUGCGAUCUAUCUUCUUGGCCAAUUCAACUUUUUCGGCAACUACUCGCAUCCGCGGAAUUUCGAAGUAGCAUUUGAGCACUACGCACGCCUCGCAUCGUUCGGCAAUAGUUCAGCGCAAUACAUGGUCGGUCUGAUGUAUGCGACGGGACUAGGAGAUGUCGUUGAGAGGGACCAGGCAAAGGCUCUCCUGUACCACCGCUUCGCGGCCGAAGAUCAACACACGAGGUCGGAGAUGACGAUGGCCGCUCGAUACCACAACGGGAUUGGCGUCCCCAAAAACUGUGAAAUGGCCGCCAAGUAUUACAAACGAGUUGCAGACAAAUCCAUGGCUUGGUUUCGGUCCGGACCGCCUGGUGGCAUGUCUACGGUACACGAGGCGCAUCGCCUUUCGGACGAUGUUGGCGGGGUGUACGGGGAGGGUGCUAGCGUCAUCAGCUCCGGCAUCCAUGCGCUCAAGGCAAGCGUAAACUCGGAUGCACGCGCCGCUAUCGACGACGUCAUUGAGUAUCUCGACAUCAUGUCGCAGAAGGGUGAUUUCAAAUCAUCUUACAACAUUGGCCGGCUUUACUACGAGGGCCAGCGCGGUCUCGACAGAAAUGUCGAGCUUGCUCGGCGCUACUUUCUGACCGUGACCACCAAAUACUGGCGAGCCAAAGAUGGCCGCGUGGUUGAUCAGCCAAAACCAUCACUCGACAAGUAUGCGAGCAAAGCUGCAGGUUACAUUGGUCGGAUGUGGCUCCGUGGCGAAGGGUCGAAGCAGGAUUUCCGCACUGCUGCGAAGUGGUUCGAACGAGGCAUCAAGCACGGGGACGCACAGUCUCAGUGGGGUAUGGGCUACAUCUACCUCCACGGCCUCGACGUGACCAAGAAUGUGCACCGUGCGGCCGAGUACUUCAAAGCGGCUGCCGAACAGGACUUCAGCCUGGCUCAAGUCGCAAUGGGCGCCCUCCACCUUGACCUUGGCCAGCCUGAAGACUUGAAGAUCGCGAACCAAUACUUCGAGGCUGCGAAUAGAUGGAACAAUAUGGAAGCGCAAUACUACCUGGCAGAGAUGAUGCAUCAUGGCAUCGGCCGCGACAAGACUUGCAACGUAGCAGUGUCUUAUUACAAGAAUGUCGCGGAGAAGGCCGAGCCGCUUGUCUCGUCCUGGCUCGAAGCAAACCAAGCUUAUGAGGACGGCGACUACGAACUCGCGCUGAUUGACUAUGUCAUGGCGGCCGAGCAAGGGUACGAGCGAGCACAAAACAAUGUGGCUUGGAUGCUUGAUGAAACGCAAUCUCGCCUUCCACUACCUGCAUGGCUGCAUCGCCCGGCACCAAAGUCGUCGAUUUUGCAGAACCCUGCCUUGGCUCUGAUAUACUGGACAAGAUCCGCUAUCCAGAACAACAUUGACUCCCUGGUAAAGAUGGGUGACUACUAUCUGAAUGGCAUUGGCACCGAAGUUGCUCUCGACAAAGCCUCGCAGUGCUAUACCGGAGCCUCAGAGUACUAUCAGAGCGCGCAGGCCCUUUACAACCUUGGCUGGAUGCAUGAGAACGGCGUUGGCUUGACACAGGAUUACCAUCUUGCCAAGCGCUACUACGAUCAAGCCCUAGAGACGAACGAGGAAGCCUAUCUACCAGUCACACUCAGUCUCUUGAAGCUGCGCGCGCGGAGUGCCUGGAAUACCUUGACGAACGGACGCAUCAACUCUAUCCAGGACGAGCCUGUCGUACAAAAAGAGUGGUCUUUAGGGGAGUGGAUCGCCAACUUUCUGCAGGAAGACGAUUAUUAUUAUGAUGAUGUAGAUGACGACGAGUAUUAUUAUGAGGACACGAUCACUGGCAGUGACGGGGAGCCGAUGAGAGAUGAUUUUGGGGACGAGGGCGUGCUGGAAAGUGUGAUAAUCCUCGGUCUUGUGGCCGCCAUUGGAGCACUCAUGUACUAUCGUGCCCAACGGCAGCAGGCACACCAGCGACAACAGGAAGAAGCAGCUCGGCAAGGAGGACAGGUACAAGCUGCAGCUCAAGCUGGGCAGGCGGGUGGAUUCGUCGCCCCGGGCGCCGGCGGACCUGGUGAAUUUGCGGGAUGGGCCGCUGGCGGAGUUGGGCUUUGAGUGGCUUAUAGGGCACCCAUCCUGAGCAAACAUUUCUGCGUGGCAUUAGCGAGCAUAGUGUGGCCUCACACCUCUGAGAGGGUCAUUCGUAUUUCCGUACACAUAAAAUCUUGAACAGGGACUGUGGAGUGCACGAGCACAGGAGUGACGGCUGGCUUCUACACUUGACUUCUUGCGCCUGAAUUAU